CACCGAUGCGAAGGAGAGAUUUGAACUUGUGUCGCGCAAAUAACAUAGCUACAAACAUACAAAAUGGCGGAUCUACUGUCCUGUUGCGAAGAGUAAUAUCAAACAAUGGCAAAUAUCUACUAUGAUAAGAAUAUUGACAUAGGAACUACAGAUGAUGAAGAAAUUGAGGCUUUAAUUCGCCAGGAGCUAGAUGCACUGGAAGACAAUGUGAUUGAAUUGGAAGAAGAUUUAGGCCUAGAUCAACCCGAUGAAAACAUCGACGAAAACGAAAAGCUAGAGAUCGAAGCAUAUGAAAAAAGCAUAAGUCAAUACCUGGAUUUGAUAAAAUAUAACCAAGACAAAGCCAGCCAAACCAUACUUGCAAGCCAGGAGACACUGAUUGAGAAAAGCCAUGAUUCCCAACCUAGUAUGGACACGAUUUUUGCUGAAAAGCUCAAAAAGUUGCUAGAAGAAGAUGAACAGGAAUCUGAUUCUCAAACUGAAAAUUUGAUCCAGCUUCGAGAAAAGGCACUGAAGGAGCUGGAGAAAAAUGAUUUUGUGGGAGGACAGUCUGAAAAUAAGCUCAUUGUUGCUGUGUACAACCCAGAACUGGUUGAAAGCAUCGCCAAACUUGAAGAAGAAGAAAAUGAAAAAUUACAAACUUUGCUUAAAAAACAAGAAGAAGAGGAAAAGUUGGAGGCAGAGCGUUCUAAAGAAACGAUGGAGGAGCUACUUGUAAAAGAGAAGGUGCUUGAUAACAAAAUCGAACAGAGGAUGAAAGAUUUUGAAAAAAACCUAGAGACAUUCCAGGAGACGGAGAGAGUUCUCUCUACUGUUGAUUCAAGCAAGGUUUCAUUUCUUAAAGAGAUGGAGGACGAGUUUCAGGAGCGAAUCAAAGAAAUAGAUAACGAAAAGCAAAAAGAGGAAAAGGAAUUUUUGAAUUUCAAGGCGAAGAUCGAAAAAGAGCGUGCCAGAAAGAGAUUGAAUGCGACAGUGGCUCUUCAAAAGCAUUAUCGAGGUUACCGGGCAAGAAAGAUGUACGGACCACAGCUUACGGGACUCAAAGAGGCUCGUCGAAGGCUACAGCAGGAAAAAUUAGAACAGAUUGCAGCAGAAGAAGAGAUGAGAAGGAGAGAGGAAGAAAUAAAGCGAAAUGAAGAAAAGGAAAGGACGCAAAGAGAAAAGGAGAGACUAGAAAAAGAGAGGGACGAGAGAGUGAAACUGGAGAUGGCUGAGAAAAUAAGGUUAGAGAAGGAAAAGAACGAGAGGGACAGGUUGGAAAAAGAGAGAUUGGAAAAAUUGAGACUAGAAAAGGAGAGGGAGGAAAAGCUGAAGCGUGAGAAGGAGAAGUCUGAACAGAUGAGAUUAGAGAAAGAAAAGGAAGAGAGAGAAAAAGAAAGAUUUGAACAAGAGAAGAUGGAAAAAUUGAAAUUAGAAGAAGAGAGGGAGACGAAACUGAAGCUGGAAAAGAAGAAGGCUGAGCAGAUGAGAUUAGAGAAAGAAAAGGAAGAGAGAGAAAAAGAAAGGUUAGAGAAAGAGACAAUAGAAAGGGACAGAGUGGAAAAACAGAAACUUGAAGAGGCUGAAAAAAUAAGAUUAGAGAAGGAAAGGGAAGGAAAAGAAAGGUUAAGAAAGGAGAAAUUGGAAACAUUGAGAUUAGAAAAGGAGAGGGAGGAAAAACUGAAACUGGAGAAGGAGAUGGUUGAACAGACCAAAUUUGAGAAAGAAAAAAAGAUACAAGAGGAAAAGUCAAAGGAAAAGCCUUUGGAACAAAAAACUGGCGAAGAAGGUGAUUCAAAGAAUUCUAGGUCGUGUAGUACCUUGCUUUCAGAUAAACAUGAGGAAAUGAGGCAACAAUGGUUGAAGCAGUAUAUGGAAAUGAGGUCACGGUCAGAAUCCAAUAGCCGGCAGGAAGCAAAGAAACCAAAGUCAAGGAUUUCAAGGCCUAAAAGGUCUUUGGAGACUUUUCCAGAACUUGACGUUGAUGAUGUAUUGAGUGGACUACCAGAAGGAGUAACUCCAAGCUCUUGUGAAUGUAUAACCGCCAGUGGGUUGGGAAAGAUACGCAUGAAGGGUGCUCAGAGGUUUUCCAGACUGAGGCUGAUCAAAAUGGCAAACUGCGAACUCGAGGCUGUCGAAUGUAUUGAGUGUUGUGAUGAUCUAGAAAAGCUUGAUCUCCCGCGGAAUAAGAUCGACACAAUGUGUUUAACAUUUCAUGCUUCCCUGAGACACGUUUCAUUGGCUGGCAACAUGCUGUCGUCAACAACAGGAUUGGAGCAACUCGUCAACCUCGAAGUGCUGGAUCUGUCCUCUAACCGAAUUACUAGAAUUGGUUCCAUUUCUUCAUGUACCAAACUGCAAAGAUUGAAUCUGAGUGAUAAUCAGCUUAUAUCGUUGAAGGGAUUAGAAGAGCUUCACAGUUUAACGAGCCUAGAGGUUGCCAGAAACCAUCUCGGCAGUGGCAAAGAAGUUGAAAAUCUUUCUUUGCUGACAAGACUUGAUCUUCAUAGUAACACAAUUAACAAAAUAAUGGAUCUUAAGAACCAUGUCUUGCUACGAGAGUUGGAUUUGCAAGAAAAUAACAUAUCAAGUCUUGCUCAAUUGGAAAAUGCAUGGCUGCCAUCUUUACGGCAUCUCAAUGUUGCAGGCAAUAGCAUCGAUACAGUUCCUGCUCUGGAUCACUUGAUCAUGCUAAGCACUCUUGAUUUACAAGACAAUGUAGUGAGACAGUCUUCCAGUUUUCUACCCGGAUUGAUAAAUUGUAAGCGGUUGACCACCCUGAAGAUUUCUGGCAAUCCGGUCAGCGAUAUACCCAAUCUAAAGUCCACGUUGGCAAAGGAAAUCAGCUCUUUGCAGUUCUUAGAUGAUGCCAAAUUGAAAGAUGAGCCAAAUGAGACUGGCUGCCCAAAUAAAUUUGUGGAGCUCUGCGUUGAGCAAUGUAAAAGUCAUGAAAGGUUUUUAGAAGUUCAUCAACAAAUGUUUAGAAACCUUGAUGGAACGCAAAACCCUUACUAUUACGAAUUAAAGAAGUUAGAAAUAGAGAACAAAGAAAGAGUAGAAUUUUUCAAGUUGGUUGUAAAUUAUCUGCAGCAGCACGUGAAUUAUGGACAAACCCAACCCAUUGACAACCAAAAUGAACAACCAAAGAUCAAUGAAUCACGUGACCAAGGACUGCAAAUGGCCACUGAAGUAAUGCAUUCACCUGAUGACGUAACUGUUCUGAGGGAACAGCCGCUAGAAAUUGAUACCAGCCAAAUCUCUACUGAAAUCUGUGACGUGAUUGCGGAUCAUAAGGAAACUAACGUCGAGGAGGUUGAAAAACCAGGUUCUGAGGCCGCAAAAGUUUUCUCAGCCGAGGAGCAGUUAGCUGCAACAAAAAUUCAGGCCAUUUAUCGAGGCUACAGAAUACGCCGUGUUCUGUCUUUUGCUUUGGAGUCGAUUCGAGACAGUCUUGCAAAAGCUAGUGAUGAUGAGGAUGAUUUCAACUACGACGAAGAGGUCGAUCUCAAUGAAUUUGAUUUCCACGAAGGCCAAGAAUGGCGGCCAAUGAGCACUUCUCAGCUUCCUCCAAGGAAUCCUGUUUUUUCAGCAACCGAUGAGGACGCAACCAAAAAGGAGAUUGAACCGGAAGAUGCACCAAAGCAUGCCUGGCAGUCUUUUCCAAGAACUCCAGAAGGGAGGGUUGUAGAACCUUUGAAUCUGGAGAUGAGUCCCGAAGAAAGUGAUCGAUCCAGCACAGUCGCAGAGACGGUUUUAUCGAGGAAAAAAGAAGAGAUUUUGACGGAGUGGGGAUUCCAGAAUUCAGCAACUGCUGAGCUGAUGAUGAAAAGAAUGAAGAAGAUGAAUACUAGUGGUCGAAAGAAGAAUUUCCUCGGAAUAGCUCCUUCGAAGCGAUACGAACUGUUCAAGAAGCUGCAACAAGCAAAACCAAAUUUGACUGUACGACCACCGUCGAAGAAGAGGACGCCACACAGAGUGGAAUAUUUCUCUGCUCAAAGAGAAAUGGCAUCUCCAUCAAAUGUGUCGAACGCCUCAAGCGAGAAAGAUUUUAAAAAGGACAUGACAUAUAGCUGGGUUUGUAGCCAAGCUGUUUUGCACACAGAUACUUACGAUAAUAUAAUGUUUGACCAGGGCCAGUCCGGUGAUUCAGCUGCGAGACAUUCAGCAAAAAGCAAAGAUCAAGUCACUUUACCAUACUUGGAUCCAGCAAUCAUAGCAGGAAAGCCAUUACCGCUUGUGCUCAUGUCUUCAAAUGCUUUGGCGAACCCAGCAUUGGCUGCUGCAAUCGACUCUAGAAAACGCACAGAACGAGGUGAGCAAACUAGAAAUAAGGACAAAUCAAAAUCUGCGCCAAAUCCCACGAUACGAACAGCUCCGGUUUUGCACGCAAACGAAGCAUCGCCCUCAUCUAGAAGCUCCAGCUCGGAAAAUCGACGGCGGAAGAAAAAGGCAUGAAAUCUUAUUGUCAAAUGCAGCACGCAAUGUACCUGAGCAAGCGUCCUCGUAUAGGUUCUUAAAGAAUCCUUUAGUACGAGGCUGUGGCACUGGAACACAAAAACAUUUUGAUACGAGUUCAUGAAUGAUGUUACUUGCACCCACUCCGACAAUGUUGAAUGAUUCUUUCAACGCGUUGUUAAGGCAAAGUUUUGUUGCUGACACCGAUGCUUUCUUGCAAGAAUGGUACAGUUUUGUUCCAACGUACAGGGCAGGACAAACUUUCAUCCUUAUAGAUGUCCAUUUGGGAUUGACUCAAGGAAUGUGAACUGGUACAGUUGCGUGUUUUUUCACCGAUGUUCUUUCAUCAAGUAAAUUAUUGCCACCUUUCUGAGAAUCUGUCGUUGAGCGACCGAAAAAAUUAUGUUAUAACUACUUGAAUUUGCGUAAACCACCGCUUAUAAGAGCCGAAAGAUUUGUCUUUCUGUUAAUUAGCACUGGGUGUCCAUGAAUAUUUUCUAGCCAGAUAAACUGUUUUAUUUCCAAAAAGACAUUGUCCCUAUCAAGUAACCUGUCGUUGCAAGACAGUCAUCACUCUUUUCAGACACAUGCCAGGCAUCACUGGCCAUGAUCCUUUUCAAAAUAAAAGACCGUAAUGACCACAUCAUUCCCAGAUCUACCAAAGAAAUACCGAAGAACAGUCUGGAUUUUCAAAAGUGUACUUUUUUCGUGGUGAUUUACUUUGCGAUAUAUUCUAAUCAUGGCGCUCAAUGUGACAUCAUCAAUCGCUCUUGUUAAUUAUUAAAAAAGCUUAGUUCUCAAAAUGUAGAUAUAUUCGCCAAUAAAUGCAAAUCAAAUGUUUAUAUUGAUUCAUUAAUACACAUGUCACUUUCUUGUUUUGCUGAGUCCUCUCAGAUCAAAAUGCCUCCGCGGUCUCUGUACCGGAGAGGUGCGGAAAUGGUGUAAGAAUUGAAAGAACACCAAGUUCAGAAAGAAACAAUUUUUUGAGCAGCAAAUAUCAACUAUCAAUUCCACUAUUUUAUGCUCCUAUCCAAAGAAGACUGAGAUGAUUUCCAAUAUUCAAGAAUUUUUUGAGUGCUCGUUUUAAUAUGGAAAAGAAAUAUGGCUGAAUACUGUACCACAGGGUUUCAACCAGUGGCGUAGAAGAGAAAAACCGAAGGCUCAACUUCUUUGUUAAAUUCCUCUGGUCUUUUUUAAUGUGCUCUUUAGAAAAACCUCCAGGUUCCUUCAAAGCAUCAUAUCCUUAAUUUCUUCGCUAUGAUACCCUCUUUCUGUUUGUCAACUAAGCAUUUGGAAUUACUUGAAUAAUGGUAAUUUUGCUUUUGCGGUUUCUGCGCAGCAACAACGAUCUCGUGUCAUCUUUGUUGACUUAAAGAGAUGCAAAUCAGCUCACCUUACAUGCGGAACAAUUUCAUGAAAAAC